AUGUCUCCCCCUACGUAUGAAGAGAUUCUGAACUGCCAAACGGUGCUCUUUGAAUGGGCAGAAAGCUACGACUCGAAAGACUGGAAGAGGUUGAGGGCAUGCCUUGCCCCGACAUUGGCGGUCGACUACAGCGCCUUCAUCGACAAGAAAUGGGACGCGCUUCCAGCUGAUGAGUUUGUGGGAAUGGUCUCGAGUACCCACUUCCUCGGCAAUCCAUUGAUCCGGACUCAGCAUUUGAUUGGGUUGGGGACUUGGGAUAAGACUUCUGCCGACACGAUAGUUGCUCAUUUGCAGCUCAGAGUCGCGCAUCAAAAGUACACGGACGAGACGCUCGGAGACGUGCGACUCACGGCCAACGAUCACGGGACUGGUGUGCUGACGCUCAAGUGCAUUCAAGGAGAAUGGAGGUUUGCCGGUCUCAUACCAAGGAGUCGCUGGAGCGCAGGUGAUGUGGCAAAGGUUUUCGGGCCGUAAGGCUGUGUGGCGAGAUGUGAUAGUUAGUCUACACCAUCUCACCAUCUCCAUACUAAACAGACUACCUUGCAAUGCACGGAUGUCCCCUACGCGUAUCAAACUAAUUCCC